AUAUUUUCUUUAUUUAGCUCUCCUAAAUAUAAAAAGGUGUACCAGUAUAGGUUGAAUUUGUCAGUUGCUUUAGCUCAUACCCAGAAACAGCUGGCCUGCCAUUAUGCAGUAAUUUAUACCGCCAACAUCAGCACAGUCUCUCUUCAGAUCACAGUCGUUGAAGAGAGAAAGGGGCCAUUAAACUUCAACAUGGAACAUAGGCAUUACUGAGCAGAAAAGGAGAAUAAUUUUGCACCAAUACUAGUUCCCUAAAUCAUUUCAACAUGACUAGUGUCUCGAAAACAUUGAAAUACAUUGAUAUUGAAAAGAGCAGUGCUAAAGACAUCUUGGAUAGGUGUCGAUACAAGAGAGAAUUGAUUGAUGAUGAUCUCCAGUAUUUAUAUAAUGAUCUUUACAAAUACAAGAAACGUUUCCAGAGAGCUUACCAUAAUCAAUUCUGCAAUGACUAUAUGGAAACUAAAAAUAUGAAAGGUAUUGUUGACCUCCAAAUCUACCCUCGUGGAGUUCGGACAGCACAUUUCCCAUUAUACACGACGGAAGGAGACAGAUUACCAAUUGGAAGACCAGCGGCAGGAGCUUUGUAUGAGAAGUCUGUUAUAACAAGCAACGGUCGCCAAUAUCGCUUCUAUUCAGUGGCGUUGUAGAUAAGGUUUAGCUAAAGCUAGAUAUAUAUAUAUGUAUGUAUACUCUCACUUUAAAAAUACUGCAACACAAUUUCAAAUGAGUGGCAUAGAAUGAUUCCUUUUGACUCAAAAGGAUACAAUUUCUGUUUCAGUCAGUUUCACUGAUUAUCUAUUUCCUGUCUAUAACAAAACUAUAUUUGUGAUAACUUGCUAAUUUAUCCCAUCACUCACUUCAGUAUUUGUUAAUGAAUGUUACAGAUAUUACUUCUAUUACACCAGCAGCAAUAAAAACAAUAAUAAUAAUUAAUAGUUAUUAUAAUGAUGAUGAUGGGCUAUGUAAUGAUAAAACGCUAUAUAAUUUUUUCAUAGAAAUAGAUCACAAAAAUUAAGUGUAAAGUAUCAAAAAACUUGCAUUUAAUUGACUGAGGUAGAUAUGAAUAAAAUUUAUUACAACACUAGGAAAAA